AGAUAAAAAGGCAUAAUGAUGUCAUUGAAAAUUCAAAUUUUUUUGUUAACAUUUAUGAUGUGGAUUUUGGGAGUCCGGGCGCAGGACAAAGAUUGCAUCCAGUGUGCAACAUCAAACUUAAUGGAAGAUUGGGGAGCAACAGGACUUCCGCUGAAACCGGCGAAUCUCCUGUUUGAUGACAAAUGCGGUACGCCGAAUAGUUUAGUGAGUACUGUUUCUGGCAACUGUGCAUCGAUGUGCUUCGAACUCAUGAUUCCGGUGAACAAUAAGCUCGCGUUUGUACGAGGGUGUCACGCUGAUUUUGUAUGGGACGAGUUCGCGUCACAUAAUGAGUCUUGUCAUCAGUACGUGGACGAUGUAACAGUUAUUAAGAGUGGAAUAGCAUUCUGUACACCGCAGGUACGUGCUAAUCCCCAAAGUCCUAGUUGCAAUGCGCACUUCGAUGAUACAAACGCGACUGCGAGCAACUGUUUGCCAGAUGCAAUGCACACGUGUAAAAGUUGCUCCGAGUUCGAUGGAAAUGGAGACUGCUCGGCGAGCACAACAGGCACUUGCAAAGGAGUGUAUUGCACAAAAACUGCGGGAAAAAUGAAUGGUAAAUCCUACGAAACACGUGGAUGUUCCUUAGUCAACCCAAUCGGGAGCAACGUGUGCUCAUGGACAGAUCAAACAUUUAACAUCAGUAUGGGCAUCGAUCAAUCGGCGGCAGCGAGGAAGAAGCGUGGAGUGUCAUUGCCGUUCCGCGCAAAUCAAUGUUAUUGUCAGGGUGAAUUAUGCAACUCAUCGCCUCCUUCCCAACUGGCCUCCACCCUGCUAUUAUCGAUUUUCUCCACGAGCAUCCUAAUUUUUCGUUAAAUGUUUCGCUGCCUACGUGAUAUUUCUGCAACUUGUGCUCAUCGCCCAUAUCCUUUUACACUGGUUUCACCGUGAAUAAAAAAUACAAUUUUUUCGAAAAAA